CAGUGCUGGCCGUCAUUCAUACCGGCCUUAUUGGAAGUAUUGCGCAUAGUUCAGGUGGCGCACAACAGGCUGACUGGUGCACACAGUGGGAAAGGUGUGGUUAUGGCUCUUUAAUAAAUAAAGGAAUGGGGGGGGGCGUGAGGCAGAGAGAGAAACAGUAGGUUGAGGUACAGACCUCAGAGGCAGAAGGAAUUUGUGGCUCCUUCAAGAACGUGCAACCAAUUUCGUUAUGAAUGAUAACCAGGCAUAUGGUCCCACGUAUGACAACAUCGGGUUCCGCCAUGAGGAAGGGAGACCCCCUCCUACUGCCCCACAGCAGGGUAUUUACCCUAACCUCCCACAAGCGACCCCCAGCUACAUUGCAGUGCCUCCCAAAACCAUCAACACCCACCACACCGUGGCACCUGGACCUAACCCGAACCCGCACAACACGGGACCAAAGACAGGAACAAGGACAUGUCAGGGGAAACAUAUUCUAAGUGCAUCACUGACUGUGCUUCUAAUCCUGGCAGUUGCCGCCACACUAGUCUGGUAUUUCCUGUCCUACCAGUGUUUACUGGGAAGGUUGUGUGGCAAUGGGGGCAAGUGUUUGAGCCCCUCCCAGUGGUGCGACGGUGUAAAGGACUGUUCUCGCGGCGAGGAUGAGUCUCAGUGCUUUCGCCUCCACGGGACAAACUUCAUGCUUCAGGGCUACUCGUCAGACACGGGGGCCUGGAUGCCCGUGUGUGCUGAAAACUGGGACGACAUCUACGGGAGAGACGUGUGUGAGAGGAUGGGGUACAAGAGACAGGACUAUAAGUCCUCCACCCAAACCAGCCCAGGUUCUUUGGCCUCAAAGGGAUACAUGAAGCUGAAGCCUGGAAGGAACAAUGGAUCAAGUAUACAGUCCCUUCUCUCUUACAGCCAAUGGUGCUCAGGCCCAGCAGUCAGGCUUCAAUGUAUUGCAUGCGGAGUGAGUUCAGCUCUUCCGGGUCCUCGCAUUGUGGGUGGUACACAAGCAGCGCAAGGGGCGUGGCCAUGGCAGGUCAGUCUGCAGAUCGACGGCUACCACGUUUGCGGAGGCUCCAUCAUCAGCCCCCGCUGGAUCCUGUCGGCCGCACACUGCUUCCAAGAGUUCUCCUAUGCUAAAAUGUGGAAUGUACAGUCAGGCGAUGUGAGCUUGGGUUUGAUGAGCCUCCGCUCAGGAGCAACAGUUAAAAAAAUUAUCAUACACGCAAAGUUCAACAGGCGUAAUAACGAGAACGAUAUCGCCCUGCUCAGGCUAAAUUCGCCUCUCCAAAUCACAAGUACGGUGAGGCCAGUGUGUCUCCCCAACUCAGCCAUUGACCUGUCUGCUGGACGUCAAGCCUGGAUCACGGGAUGGGGAUCACUGCGAUCUUCUGGACCUUCUCCGGACCACCUCAACCAAGCCGAGGUCACCAUCUACAGCAGAGAGACCUGUAACAGGGCUCAAGUGUUUGAUGGAAAGGUCACUAAGACCAUGAUCUGUGCCGGCAGGCUGCGGGGAGGAGUUGACACAUGUCAGGGGGACAGUGGAGGGCCCCUGGUGGUCAAGGAGGGAGAUGUAUGGUGGCUGGCAGGGGACACUAGCUGGGGGAUUGGAUGUGCUAUGAGGAACAAGCCAGGACUCUACGGCAAUGUCAGCUACUUCAUCAACUGGAUAUAUGAACAAAUGCAGAAUGAUUGACUGAGUUCUGGAUGAACCCAAAGACAAACCUCUUUCAUCAAUCAACGCCCUUCCUUUAUUAAAAACAGUGCACUUUAAAUCUGAAACUUCAAAGGAACUUAUUGAUCAGCAAUAUUUUUGUGACACGUAACAAGAAAGCUUUUCAAAUAUAAAUGUAUCAUCAUAUUAUGUUUAUAUUAUUCUUCACAUUAGCACAAAUUAAAUAUAACAUAAAUCAAGUUGUUUAUUUG